AUGCCCUCCGAAAACGGCGAAGCUCGUCGUUCGAGCUCAAGAUCAAGAAGUUCAUCAAGUGGGGCUAGAAUGCGAUCUCAAGACAGUGGUGCUGCCAAAGCAGCGAAACAAGCCAAAAAAGCUGUAUCGGAAGUUACGGACACCGCUGGCAAAGUAAGCAAAGCGGUUGGCGAUGCUGUUGGCGGGGCCGUCGAUGCAUUAGGAGGUUGGGGUCAGCUGGACCGACAUAUCCGGCAUUACAACCCUACUUUCUACGAGUUCGCUGCGAGCUCUUUCCUGAAGCGUUUCGGCGCCACGAGCAAAGCGUCAAAAUUCCUCUUGCUCCUCGUGGCACUGGGCGUGAUCCAGUCGACUCUUCCUCUGUUCGCUUGGCCUCUGGAUUACUUUGCCCGGCUAUUGUCAUUUGUCUUCCUCUUCAAUACUGGACAUGACCUUCUCAAGAAGGGUUGGGGCUCAGGAUCCGACACCGACGCCAUGAAAGUCAAGUCAUUUCUCACACUUUACCUCUUGGUCUCAUUACUCGAGAUGGUUCCAAUGUUCCUCUUCGAUACGACGUACCAUUUCGGAGCCUUGUGGACGUUCCUAUUGCCCAUGGCGUUGUUCAUUACGCCUAAUAAAUCUAAUCCCAAGGAGACACUAGCUGUAUGGAUUGCCGACUCUAUCUUUGCGCAGGUCUCGAAUGUACUGGAUAGUGUGGUGCCAGAUGGUUUCGUGGGAUCGGACCAAACCACUGCCUUUCUAUCUGCUGGUAUCUUGGCACUCUUACUCUGGGCCGGGAUCCUCGGCUCGACAGGAUCGUAUAUUGUGGUCUUUGUCGUGCUUAUGGGCGCUACAACUCAUCAUGUUGGGAAAGAGUACAUCUCAGCGAAAGACUCCUCAUCAGGAUUCAGCAAACAAAUGACAAUCUGGCAUAAUCUUAUGGCUAUCUGGCUUUGGCGAUACUUGGUUUCAGCUGUUGAAGGGUUGCAUAUACCCGGAGUGAUAUCUGUUCUCGGGUGGAUCCAGUACCAUCUGCCGACUUAUUUCCUGUGGAUGACAGCUAUCUUCUUCGGCAUGUUGUUGACUCAAAAAACUGCUUCUUCCAGCAAGCGCGCCGAUACAUGGUACGCCAAAUGGUUCACUCGAAAAUCCUCCCCGCGAAACUCACCUGCCGAGGGAUCCGCUGAGUCUGCCUCUGGAAAGUCUAGGUCUAGCUCGCGUCCAUCAUCCUCGAGUAGGGAUGGACAACGCUCACGAUCAUCUUCGGAGAAGCGAAAACGUCAGAUCUCGACUGUGGAGGACGCGGAGGAAUUUGACCUCUUACCUCUAUCUUAUAAUCGACCACACGAGGAGCAGGGGAGCAUCAAGCUUGGCGAAGAAGCGGAUCAGACGCUUAUCUGGACCUGGCGGUCGGAACGUUUAGCCAGAAGAGGAGAUAGGAUGAAAUUUGGUACCCUCUUGGAGCUCAACAGCAACAUUGAAUGGUGGAAUUACUAUGUCGACUAUGAUGCUUUGAAGAAGCUAUUUCCAUCCACACCACUUGAUCCGUCGUACCUUGCAACUCAGAGUCGUGAAUCAUCCUCCCUCCUCCCAACUGCCAGGCAACGAAGUACUGGCAAAUGGGCUUCUCCAGAGGAUUUCAGAAAGGCUUUGGACUCAGAAAGGGAGAAAGUGGAGACGUUCUACAGAUCCAAGGAGGCAGAGUUCGUUCGCGCUGUGGAGCUGCUCGAGGAAGAGAUUGCCGCCUUGGAGUAUCGAGAUCUCGGCGCGGACGAUGUGAUCAAAGAGGUUGAUGAGGAGGACGAGGAAGGUCCGGAGGACGACGAUGAUGUCGAAGCUAGGGGAGAAUCUGAUCAACUCAUCUCACCACGGUAUCGCCGGACAUCUGCUCGACCUCGAUUCAAACCACGGGCGAGUCUGUUUGGCCGAUUCACUAGCCCUUUCAAAGCUCGUCGCUCAGCGAAUCUUUCAACUCACGAGACCGAUAUUCUCGAAGCCUCCGUUGGCAGGCAAUCUCGUCUGGCCCCUCCCGGACACGGAAUGACUGCCUCGGUAUCCACUUUAGGUGCGGGAGAACCAGUGUCGCCAAGUCUACAAGGCAGUAGGACAAUGCCGAAACGUCGAGCUCCUUCUUCUGAUCAUGAUUCCGCCGAGGAUCGAAUGUUAGCUGCGGAAAGAAGAACGUCGAUGUCUUCCAACUCGUCUCAUGAACGUGACAUUUGGACCACUCGAACUCAUCUGUCGCUCGGACUGGUGGAAAUGGACCCAGAUAUGGUACCCGACUUUGCACGCCAUACUUUGGCCUCUACAGAGAAUAGGGAGAAUGGAGAGGCUCAUGAGGAUAACGAAGAGCAUCCCGUCUUCGUUUGGACCGCGAGUCAUGAUCGUGCAACUGUGCUUCGCAUUGGAUUCAAGAAGCGAAUCAGUGCUGUUUGGUUGGACGUUUACUCGCUCAAGCAGUAUGUGGAUCUGAACCUGACGGCGUUUGAGAAGAUCCUGAAAAAAUAUGACAAGAACACCAACUCCAAGCUCAAGAAGGAGUAUGUCUCUCAAGAAGUCCUCCAGUCAUACCCUUGGCAAUCGUCGACUCGUGAGAGCCUCGACACACUCCUCGCCAGAAUUCUCUUCCUCUACCGUCGAGUCGCUGUGGCCGGCGAUGAAGACCUGGCCAAAGAGCAGCUGCGUUCUCAGCUCAGAGAGAAAGUCGUAGUGGACAGGGAGACUGUCUGGUCACAGAUGGUUUCUGGUCGUCGAGAAGGCAUUUUCAGAUCAGUCGAGCAGGACGUCGACCAUCCGGCAUUUGGAUCAGCAAACGUUGAGAAGAAGCAUUCUAUUUUGACGACGAAGAGUCUCAUCUUUGCUUUCGCCCUUGCGGUCUUGAUCGGGAUCGUCCUCAUACAGCCCUUCCCGAGUAUCCCGGAAAGUAAUUGCUUGGCCAUGCUUGUAUUCUGUACGAUUCUCUGGGCCACCGAGGCCAUUCCCUUGUUUGUGACUUCUCUGGCCGUUCCAUUGCUUGUUGUCUUUUUGCGUGUUCUGAAGGAUACCAGCGGCGAGACUGGAGCGCGGAUGACGGCUGCAAAUGCGACCAAAUACAUUUUCUCCCAGAUGUUCUCGCCAACCAUCAUGCUCCUGAUUGGAGGGUUCACCAUUGCCGCCGUUCUUUCCAAAACCCGACUGGAUGUCAUGACUGCCACUCGAGUCCUCAACGCAGCUGGUACCAAACCGAGCGUGGUGCUGUUAGUUUUGAUGUUCGUAGCGACAUUCGCCAGUAUGUGGAUAUCCAACGUCGCUGCGCCGACGUUAUGUUACGCUCUUGUCAAGCCGAUCCUGGAAGAGCUACAUCCAAAGUCAAACUUUUCAAAAUGUCUCAUUAUCGCCAUUGCUUUAGCUUCCAACAUUGGAGGUCAAGCUUCACCAAUCUCUUCGCCUCAAAAUCUCAUUGCUCUUGGAUCUAUGAGUCCUCCCCUAUCCUGGAUCGAAUGGUUUGCCAUCUCCAUACCCGUCGCGGGAAGCUCUGUCGUUGCUAUCUGGGCGUUCCUGCACGUCAACUACAAGUGGGAAACCGAUCUCGUCAUUCCAAAGAUGAGAAAGAACACCGACUCCCUGAGCAAGACGCACUACUUUGUCCUGUUCAUCAGUGGCUUGACCAUUGCCCUCUGGUGCGCCGAGAAGAGCAUGGAGGGAGUAGUAGGUGAUAUGGGAGUGAUAGCAAUCAUUCCGCUGUUGGCUUUCUUCGGAACCGGUAUCUUGUCAAAGGAAGACUUCCAUUCGUUCCAUUGGUCCAUUGUGUUCCUCGCCAUGGGAGGUAUCGCCCUCGGCAAAGCCACACUUUCUUCGGGAUUGCUGGACGAUUUGGACCGCGUCUUGGAAAAGCUGGUAGAGGGUAUGGGCUUGUACUCUAUCUUGAUCAUCUUUUCCAUCAUCGCUUUGGUCAUUGCCACUUUUAUCUCUCAUACUAUUGCUGCGGUGCUUCUAGUGCCAAUAGCAACGAGGAUCGGGGACUCGCUGAACGAGCCUCAUCCCAGAUUGUUGAUCAUGGCAACCGCCUUGAUCUGUUCCGCUGGUAUGGGUCUGCCGGUCUCUGGCUUUCCGAAUAUGACGGCGAUCACCCAAGAGAAUAAAUUGGGCCAGCGGUUCAUUGGCGCAAGCGAUUUCUUGAAGAAUGGUAUCCCGGCGUCAAUCUUGACGGGGUUUAUCAUCGUCACCGUUGGCUAUGCCAUCAUGAGGGGCUUGGGGUGA